AAUUAUUACAGCGGUUCCACUGUAUUGUUCGAUACGUAUCCAUUCGUGGUUUUAUUAUGUGUACGCUGUAUUGUUGCCCCUCAAACGGUGAACAAAACGGCGCUAGUAGUUUUAUCCGCCAGCUGAAUUGAGCUCUCUUUUGUUAUACUGUAGCUAGGUAAUAGGAUCCAAAACAGAGCGAAGUUAAAAAUGGUUUAGCGGUCUUUGAACAUGCCAGAGAAAAUACUAACUACAGAUCCGCCGGAAAUCGACGAAAAUGAUUUUGACGAGUUCCUCGCCACAGACGAUCUUUUCGUUGAUUAUUUCAACACUUUCCUUGAAUUACCGAGUUUCCCGGAGCCAUUAAGGUUUAAUACUGACACUGGAGGAUUCGAAGUUUUAACUCCGGAGAAAUUUAAACUCGCUGACAAAAUCAAGUCAUAUGCAAGGUCCCAAACACCUAUCAGUCAAGUGUAUAAGAAUGCGAUCCCCCACCCACCAAUCCGCCUCCCUCAUUAUGAAAGAGAGAAAGCGGAAGAAAAUAAUGAGGAGGAAGAGGAGAUAAAAACGAGUUUUAGUGUCAAGUGUCUUGACAAAGAACAAGGCAUGCAAUGGAUUAAAAGAUUCCGACUUCCAACUUUUCUACGUAGUGAUCUCUACAUGGAAUAUAGACUUGCGAAAUUACUCUCACAAAUCGAGACACGCAGAUGUGGAAUUAAACUGACUGUGGACCAAACUUACAGACCAUGGCACAAAGAAAAGAAGGUGACCCCUCCCACCACCCCUGUGGACGAGAAAGGGCAAAUGAUGGAACGAUUAAGCGUCACAAUGGGCUAUUCUACUCCGUCACAAACGCAACAAUGGUUUACAAUGGCAAAGCAAGUAGAAACAGUAUCUGUUUCGGGAACUCCCCGUUCUGUGACGUCAGCCCCUGUUCCAACCCCUCGACGCAAGAGUUCGUCUCGUCCAAUCAGCUCCAUGGAUUCUCGUCGCGAUAUCGCCGACGACGCCGAGGAAUAUUUCAAGAAAGAGAAUAAUGAGGUACAAAGCUCAAACACAGAACCCAAGUUUUCUUCCCGUUUGACCUCAAACGCUGCGUUUUCUGGAUCGUCCGUCGUGUUCUCUCCAAGUGUGCCGAGUAAUUACCCAUCCAUGCCGAUGCGGCUGCGUGCGUGAUGCUUGCCGCUAAAGAGGGUGCCGCAAGUCGGUCACGUGGUAAAGAUUGAACCCGAACUUUCCGAUGACGAAAGCGACCAGGGUGUUGGGAGUGAGAGCGACGAGAGCAAAGAAGAAACAAACUCGGAGAAAUCCGUGGAGCAAGAGCAGAAAAGGAGUUAUAACUUUGAUGUGACGGGCGUCACCUCAUAUUCAUCAGUUUUUGUCUCACUUGCGAUAAAAGAAGCGUUUCUUUCAAUGAGCCCUAACCUCAGUUCCACAAAACUUGACAACAUUGUCAACCUAGAUCCAAUAAUCAAAUCUUCGUCACAAGAUGGGGGAAUUCCACUGAGUCAGCUGACCCACAAUAUGUUAGCUGAAGCUGUGAUGGAAGCUGAUGAAAAAGCUGAAUUUCCUGAAGACAAGUUUUCUAACCGAUCCCAUAGUGCCAGGUCUUUGUCAGGCUUACUGGAACAUCCAGCCAAGAAAUCGAUUUCAUUUUUGGAAAAGUACAAAUUGAUAUCAACAUUUGACGAAGAAACAGACUCUGUGUUUUCGGACGAAACUGACGAAUCAGAAUUCACCACCUCAUCUCGGAGAUUUGAUUUUACUGACUCCAAAGGUUUCAACAAAUUCAAAACUUUCCUUCAAAACACGAUUGGAGAGAAAUUAUUAUUAUUAUGGUUGGAUAUCGAUAAAAGUCGGUUUGCUGUUCACCAAGAUAAAACUACAACGUAUCUGCAAAAACUUCGAAAAACUUAUUUAAAAAUUGGAAGUACUAAAAGACUCCCGAAAGAAUGUUUGUCUCGUUAUAAGCUCGAGCACGCCACCUUGUGGAGAAUAGAUCACUUGCAUGACGUGCAACGGAAUAUCGCGGAAUCACUUCUGCUGUAUUGGGCACCAAGGUAUUUAGUUCGACAAACACCCAAAAUACCUUCGAAUAUUUUCGGGGUUGACAACCCUGAAGAGCAGGGGAAGAAGUCACAUGACCCACGCCCUCUGUCAUCACAAUCUUACCCAUCUCCGAAGACCAUGACAAUCGCUCCUUUAAGACCCAAGUCAUGUUUUCCGAGACUCAAGAAUGGUCACCAUGGUAACGAAAAAAGCCGAGUCAGCAGUGAGUACCACCAAUACUUCCACCGUGAUGUCACCAUGACUCAGCAUGACCCGUCACCCCCCCUCACAACGCCGAGCCCCAUCCCUAGCUAUCUAGCGCCAAAAGUGGCAGCUCUGACGGAAAGGGGGAGGAAAGGAUUUCAACUUCCUGUGAGAAGACCUGCUUCAGCUGGCCCACUUACCCGACAAACUAGAGCAAGAUUUGAAAAGAAAAAUUCUGCGGCCCCCAAAUUAAACAACGUUGAGAAAAUCCGAGUCAAGUCAAGCGUGAUGAUCCGGUCUCCUCCUUCCUCUGUGACAUCACAAGUAACUGUGAAAGGGAGUCCGGCAAUGGAAAGCAUGUUACAGGCACUUUACCAUGACACAAGAGCUGGUUGGUUCUUCACUCAAUUCUGUGAACAAUCGGGAAAUAAGAUGUGGAACAACGCCGUUCACUUCUGGUUCGACCUUCAAGAUUUUCAUCAUUUAUUUUAUGGAGAAAUAUUUGAUCAUUUUACUGUGGAAAGAAAAGCCCAGUUAAUAUUCUCCACCUACAUCGUCAGUGGCGCCAGAGAGAACAUCGGCGUUUCCGUGGCGACUCGAAGACAAAUCCAACUAAAACUGAGUCCUGCAUUUGAUGAAUUAUUCGACUCAGCGGAGGAACAAGUCCUCAAGAUGUUGAUUGUUCCGUGGAACCAGAUGUUGGGGACGGAUCAAGCCAGUUAUAGCAAGAUUGAACUGAUCAAACAAGAACGAAAUUUAAAUGUCGCGCCUCGGUAUUUGACUUACCUGCAAAAGAAAGGAAUUAAGCAGAAAAAGCAACCAGUUAAAACUGAGCAGGAAUCCAUGGAAAAAUAUGAGGAAGAUCUAUGGAUGAAAGUUCCGGAAGAUGUUAAAAAUUACACGUUUGAUGAACUUAUCAGGAACCGCAUAGAACUGGAGUUUUUCCGGAAAUUUUUAGAAGAAAAUUAUGCCAAGACUGAUCUCCUUUGUUGGUUGGACAUUGAAUCGUUCAAGCGAAUCCCCCAUCCAGCCAAUGAGAAGCGAGAUGAGAAAGCAAAAGAAAUUCGAACAAAAUAUUUACACAAAAAAUACUUUUUUGGUCCAAACAGUCCAGCAACUAAAGAUGAACAAAAUAAGGCCGUCUUAGCUGGAGGAGGUUGGGGAAAGACACUAAAAGAGCGGCCACCCAAUGAAUUGAUCACGGAAGCGCAGAAGUACGUGAGGCAGAGGAUUGAAAAGAGGUGGCUCCCGUUGUUCCUGGCAACAGAGGAAUUCCAGGAUCGCCAGCGACCGAAAUCUCAGAUGUCGGAUGUAGCAGAUGACGUGAUCUUGCAGAAGAAGAAGAAGAGAGGGGAACCUUGGAGGUUACUUGACAAUAGAUGGCAAUCAUCAUCGAGAGAUUUAAUGGAAUUCCGCCGUGGAUUGACAAAUAGGAUUACAACCUCCCAGUUUAGGAAAUAUGUUUCGUUGAAAGGAGAAUUUCUCGAAAACGAUGUCUUGUUCUGGGUAGAGGUUCAAAAAUACAAGGAUUUUUGCCACAUUCAUAAUGAUCCUGUCUCAACGGAAAUUAAAGUGACUUCUAUCAUCAACUGCUUCAUCAGUUCACACAUACCACCAAGCUUGCAAAUUGACAUAUCUGCUGAGAUGGCGGAAAAAAUCAUUGAAAAACGAAAAGAAAUGGGGCCCUAUGUAUUUAGGGAAGCUCAGUUGACGGUUUUCCGUGUUCUCUUUACUCACUGGAGCGGAUUCUGCGAGUUCCGAAAGAAUCUGAGUGAUGAGAAGAUCACUUCCACUCUGGAGAGACAGAGGAGAAAGAGAAUGGAGAGAAUAAAGAAACAAAUAAAAGAGCAGGAGGAGGAAGCUUUGUUGAGAGAAGAGGCAAAAGCUGCGAAGGAAGCCGACACACUCGAUUUACCCGACAUUCUGUCCACACGAGGGAGCGAGAUAGCAGAGAGCGUAAUGUCCGAGAGUCGCCAUAACAACCUUGCUUGGUCUUAUGGAAAACAUGUUGAGGGCUUGGAGAGACAGCGGCAACUUUUGAUCAUGGAGAAUGAAGUCAAAGGACAAAUACCACCAGAAGCUCUGCCAGCAAGGGAUAUUGAUGUUUCAAGUGAACCAACUGAGUUAGAUACGGAGUCUGAUGAGGGGAACGAGGGAAGCGUCGACACUUCUGCAAGUAAAGGGAAGAAAAAGAGAAAGGACAAGGUUUUGAUUAGUACAAUUAAAGAGCCAAAUGCAGCUGGGGAUAAAUCACAGGAAAUUUCCCAAGGCAAGGAACAAGAAAAUGUUUCAAAAAAGCAAAAAAUAACAAAAAAAAGGGGCACGGAAGAGACUGUUAAACCUCUAGUUUUGAUCGAUUAAGUAUUAUUCUAUAGUUCUUUAGAUUUUUACAGCUAGUGCUGACUUUGAAAUUAUGUUUAGAUUCACUGUAUUGACACUCAGAAUGGAAUGUAAUUCUGUUGCUUAAGUUUUUCGUUAUGUAUUGCUUACAUUAGUAAUACUUAACACAUUGGUUAGUUCGAUUCUGUUACUUAAGGCUAAGUAAUGCUUAUUUUUUUGUUUAAAAGGGGGAGAUUAAAGUACGUCGCUUAUAAUUAUAGGCGCCCACUUGAAUAUAUUUAAGGAAAGGCAACAAUAAUUAAAGAUCGGCAUGUUUUCUACUUAAUGUUAAGUUACAGAUCUACAACCUACCUAAGUGUUUCUGUUAAGUAAUGUAAGUAUUACAUAAAAACUCCCCCAAAAAUCACUCAGAGAGUAACAUACAUGGUAACCUAUAAGCGGGCACAAGGUGUAUGAAACAGAACCUUUUCUAUAAAGACUUUCGUUCCCCCGCCAUGCGAGGAUAAAUAAGUUAUAUAUGUAGCAACUUGUAAGCGGGCACGAAGUGUAUGAAACAGAACACCCGUGUUAUAAUGACUGUCUUUUUUCUGGCUACGUGAACAUAAAGCAAACUACAUUCAUUUAUUCAUUACUUGUGUAAGCAUUACUUUACAGAAAACUUAAGUAAUAGAAAUGCUACCACCCCUUACCACUAUUAUGUUUAGUACUUGCACAUGUAGUUCACUGUGACCAUAAAGUGCCAAGGCAAUCUGCCAAGUUUUAAUUGAUGCUGUAUUGUAGAAAUAUAUAUUAUUUAUUGAUUUUUA